AAUCAGUGAACAAACUGUGUUGUUUUUGUCCGGUUUAUUGAUAAGCUCCUCCAAGAAAAUGUUCGAAAUUUCGGAUAAUUCUUGGAUUUUUUACUCUAUUUAUCCUCACUGUAAUCAUUUUUAAAGUUUACUCAUGUAUUCCUCUUGUAAUAUCGCAUUUAUCUCAUCAUGAACAUGAAUUCGAAAUCUUUAAUGGAUCUUUGUCGUCUCUGCCUUGUGGACAGCAAGGCACUCUUGCCCAUUUUUGAACACAAUAAAAUUACCAGCCAUAAGAUAUCCACUUGUUUGCCUAUCAAUUUUGCCGAAAAUGAUAAUCUCCCACAGAAAAUCUGCGAGGAGUGCUCAAGUAAAGUUGACUUUGUGUAUGAAUUUUGGAAUCUGACGUCGCUUGCAGACCAACAAUUACAUGCCUGGCUUGCUGGACAAUCCGAUGGAAUACAGUUCAACUUCGUCAAGGAAAUCAAGGCUGAUUCCAGUGACGUUGUGAGCUCGGCCAACUUUGAAUCUCUUCAAAACGGAACAUCAACCAGCAAUCAUACUAGCGACUCAAAAGAACAUUCAUUAGAAAAUGAUGUGACAGCAUUCACUAAUGAUGCAAGCGAUGACAGUGGUGCUGAUGGGAAUGAUAUAGACUUCGAAGCGUCAUGCUCAUCGCCAUCUCCUGAUGCCAUUCCUGGUCCUUCCAGUAAAUCAGAGCAGAAGAAAAAAUUCAAGGUGACAAAGAAACAGGAUUUUGAGCGGAAGAAAAAUGUUAAAGCUGCCAAAGUAUCAAAAAGCCCAACAAAAAAUUACAUAAAGAGUAUCAAUCAAAAGGAAAAAGACGGAAAAGGGAACAGAAAAUCAAUUGAUAAACCUCAAAAUCUGCCUGUCAUUAGGUGUACCAGCUGUUUUACGGAUUGUCAAUUAGAUGAUGUCCGUAUAAAUUCUGUGAAUAAACUAGUGUGUAAAAAUUGUGUUGAUGCGAACUUUGAGUGUCCGAAGUUGAUCGGCACUGGCACUGAAAAAAAUAAUUAUACCUGUAACGUCUGCUUUAAGGAGUUUAAAUCAAAGAAGGUUAUUUUGCGGCACUUAUAUGUGCACCAAGAAGACAAACCACAUGUCUGUGACGUUUGCUUCAAGUCAUUUAAGCGUCCAGAAAGUAUGAACGCUCACAAAAAGAUCCACGACAAAGACCACCCAAUGUACACCUGUGACUCAUGUGGUUUUACCACUGCUCAUAAAAAGUCACUGGAGAUGCAUUGUAAACGACACGUACUUGAUUACACUGUAAAAUGCGAGAUUUGUGGCAAAGGAUAUUACUCAAAUAAUGAACUCUCCGAUCAUAUGAAUAUCCACACCGGUGCCAAGCCCUACAUGUGUGCAAUUUGUGGUAAGGCAUAUCCUUACAAAGUCAACCUCCUUGCCCACAUGAAAUAUGCUCAUAAUCCAACUCCGAAAGAACCACAAAUCAAUCAGUGCGAAACAUGCGGAAAAGUUUACUCCUUCAAGCGAUCUCUGGUCUUGCAUAAACGCACCCAUACGGGUGAUAACUGGUAUGUUUGUGAUAUUUGCGGCAAAGUCUUGUCAAGUAAGGAACACUUGAAAUUCCACCGCAGAAUUCACACCGGUGAGAAACCAAAUAAGUGCUCCUUUUGUGGCAAGGGCUUUGCCAAAAGUGGCAAUCUGACACUGCAUGAAAGAGUCCACACUGGUGAAAAGCCUUACACUUGUGAAAUCUGUGGGAAAUGCUUUUCCCAACGGUCAACGUUGACUAUUCACCGCCGGUACCACACUGGACAAAGACCGUACGUUUGUGAUAUUUGUAACCGUGGCUUUGUUUGCCGUGCUCUCUUAACAAACCAUCAGAAAUCUCCAUGUGCUAUUGAAAGGAGACCAGUCACUCAGUUAGCAUCCUUAACACAAUUCGUUGAAGUUAUUCAACCCCUUUAAAAAUACGGAGAGCUGAAAAAUUUCAGAGAGAGACUGGCUGUUUAGCUGAGGCAAGUCCUGAGAGGAUCUGGCUAAAAAUUAGAGUUUAGAAGAAGAUAUUUUUACUUUCACAACAGCUGUAUAAAACUAUUUGGAAGCCCCUUAGAAUCUUUUCACCAAGCAAUGUCAAUUUUUUUCCCGAAAGGUUACAUAUUAAUUUCUCUCAAGGAUUGAGCGAGCUUAGACCAGAUUAUUUUUAUAAAGUCCAUGAUUUACUUCUAUUCUCUCUACUAAUUUAUUCUUUAAAAUGAACAGAAAUUCAAUUAUGAGCGGAAGUUGUUUUGAGGUGUAACAGAGUUGUCAAUAGGUACAUUUUUUUAAUGUAAAUUGAAUUCUGCACAUACUUUUGUAUGUGUUGAAAUGACGGCUUUAAAUCUAUACCUUUAGAUAAAAUUAAUUUUUAAGAUGUUUCUUGUUAAAUUAGUAAUUUGAGGUUGCUGUAAGAUCAAGUUGAAUUUUUAUUUGCACUAUCUCAAAAAUUAAACAGCUCAGUAGGGCAAUCAUUUGAUGGAAGAAAAAGUCAUUUGGCUUUAUUCAGGGAGACAUUGGGUAUCAAAGUUAGAAUGGUACGUAAAAUAUGCCUUUUAAAAGUUCUGUUUUGCAUGAGGUUAUAUCUUUUCUGAUGUACUGUUUAAAAUGAGGAUAAUCAAUAUGAAGGUAUGCUCUUCUGAUUCAGACCAACUGAAAUGGACUGAGCACCAGUCGUGUUGUCUUUUUUUCAGUCUUGGCAGGAAGUCUAUGGAAGCUCCAAUUUUACAUUAUUCAAUUCUAAUUGGUCUGAUCUUUUGGUUGGGCGGAACUCCCCACCAAGACUGAGAUGGAACCGACGCAACUAAGCGUUUUGUUGAUUUUGGAUGCUUGAAUGAGGGAAGAUCAUACCUUCGUUUCACUUACCUUGGUUUGAGUGUUAUUUAAUAAGGCAGUAAUGUUUUAUCUUCAAGAGCAUUUAAAAUUUUUGUGCAAUUCGUAAUCUUGUCUACCAUUUACUUGCAUAAAAGAUAAAAUGAAUAGUUUUGGCAAGAAAAAAGGUCCUCUCCCCUCUCCCUCUUACAAGGUUCUCUUUUUUGUGCUCUCAAAUCAUAGGUCUGUGCUGAGGUAAAGUAAAGUUUGAUAAGACAGAAGUUAUGUGUUAAUCAGAAGAGAUUUUAAUUUUUGACCAAUUAGUGAUCAGUUCUAUUGUAAAAUUACUACAAUGUUACUGCAGGAAUCUAAGUUUAUCUUGCAUUUUUAGCCAACAAACCGUGCAUAUAAGAUAUCAUCCUCCCAUUUCAAACCCAAACAAAGGUAUUGAGCUGUGUCAGUAUGUCAAUUGUACCCCUAUUGUCACCAAAGAAAUAACAUUGCCUAAAUGAAAUUUUGAAAAGUAUCACACUGGAAUAGGGGAACACCUUCUUAGACACUUUCAUUAAUGAACAUGUGACAUGAAAUCUACCGAUCGGUACCAGAGUUCUCUCUUAUGGAAUUUCUUCUCAUAGAAAAACAGUUUUGUUGUCUUUUUCAUAAUACAGGCCACUAUCGUUAUAAGUUGUGUCCCCUAAAAAUGUCAAUUAGGGGGUGUUAUUUCUUUGAUGAUGUUGUGCUGCUUCUUUAACUUUCGAGAAGGUUUGUAAAUUGAUUUUUUUCUAUUUCCUGCUGCUUUUGAAAUUUGGUCUGUGAUCGUUUGAAUUUAUCUCUGUGCCGAAAUUUCUCAAAACUGAGGAUUGUUUUCGAAAUGUAUGAAUGAAGUAAUGUAAUGAAGUAAUGAAGUGAUGUAAUAACAUCCAGCACCUCAUUGUACUAAUUUUACUUAGCAUGAGAUUCUAUGAACGUCACCCAUAGGAUGAAAUUCGCGACUCCUUUUACGCGGUUAAAAUUUGAUCCCUGUGCAAAAUUGAACUGCUACUUAAACUGUGUUAUUUUAGUGAUACAGUUUUGUAUAUUUAUAUCAAUUCUAGCAAUAGGAGAACAUGUUUUUUGAAUAAAAUGAAUGUAAAUUGAUCCCAA